AUGGCGGUGGGAGACGCAUACAAGGCCCGGAUGGCCGAGAAGCGAGCCAUCGGGGCCAAUCGAGGCGACCUCGAGGCCUCCAAAGCCGCCGGUGCCGAGGGUGCAGAGGUCGAGCGCAUCGAGGACGUCGCAGCCGGCGAGCAGAAGCCGAACAAGCGGCAGCGGUUCAAGCGGCAUUUGGGGCGCUUCUGGUGCUGCUACUUGCUUGCUGGGAUUGUAUUCCUGGCCAUCUUCCUGCCGCUCUUCUUCGUCUAUGCAAUACCUGCCAUUGCCCAGCGGCUCGUCAAUGAUACAGACCUCCCCGUCUACGGAGCGGAUAUUACAGACCCUAAGCCGGACGCCGUCACCUUCAAGCUCAGCACCGGGCUGAAAAUCCCCCUGCCUGGGGUCAGCGUCAAGCUGAUAACCUUCGACCUGAAUCUAUUCAACAGAGACUCUGACCCGGAAGUUGACUACCUCACGGUCCCUGUCCCCGAGCAAGUCGUCAAGGGUGAUACGGACAUUAGCGUCACGAGCACAGACACGCCUGUUCUUGACGAGGACGAGUUCGUCAAGUCCUUAACCAAAGCUGUCUACUCGAAGCGGUUUAAACUUUCUGCUUAUGGCAAGACGACGGCGUAUAUUGGCGCGUUGAAGGCGCCGAUUACGCUUGAUAAAGAUGUGGAACUGGAUGGACUGGACCAGCUCAGCGGCUUCUCCAUCGACGAGGCUGCCCUCCUCCUACCAGCCUUGGAAGAUGGCUCGAAUCUACGUGGCAAAGCAACCCUGCCGAACCACUCUGUCGUCACAUUCGCAUUGGGCAACGUAACCCUAAACCUCAAAUCGGAAGAUAUAAUCCUCGGCACCGCCCUCCUCCCAAACGUAGUCCUACGCCCAGGAAACAACAGCGUCGCAUUCACGGGGAUAGCAGACAUAAACGCGGCCAUCUCCAACAUCGGGCCUAUUCUGUCCUCGCAGAAGGAGUCGCUGAGAAAGGGCGAGAUCGCGCUCUCGGCGUCAGGGAACCAGACCCUCUACGCGGGGAAGCAUAUCCCGUAUUUCGAGCGCGUGCUGAACGAUCUCACCAUCACAGCGAGUGUUCCGAUACUGCAAAUCGUGACGGAUACGCUGGGUGAUUUCCUGGGCGAGGGGUCUGAGGGUGUGAUCGGUGCCGUGACGGAUAUCUUCAACAAGAUGGAUUUCGCGACGCUGUUUAAAGACGUGAAUUUCGAUUCGCUUUUCGAUGACGUCGGCAAUAUCGUCAAUAACCUGAACCUGGGCCAGUUGGUUAAAGCGGAUGACCUGAAUACGUUGCUUAAAGGGAUUGACUGGGAAAAGGUUGCCGCUGGGAUAGGGAGUAUCCUGUCCCAGCUUGACCUGGGUGCCUUUUUGGAGAAUAUUGAUUUCUCAGGGCUGUUGCAGAGUAUUGACUGGAAUAGUCUCCUGCAAGGUGUUGCGGGCCUGCUGCAGGAUAUCGACUGGAAUGCGUUGUCGCAGACGCUGAAUACGAUUCUGGAGGAUGUGGACUGGGGUGCGCUGUCGGAGCAGAUCCAGCCGGUGCUGGAUAAGUUGGAUAUCGGCAGUAUCGUGUCGAAUAUUGACUUUGGCGCGAUAUUUGAUAAUCUGGGUCCGCUGCUGCAGAAUGUUGAUUUUGGGGCCAUCUUUGAGAAUCUGGACUGGGGGGCUGUUAUUGGGGGGAUCGGCAGUUUGCUCAAGAAUGUCGAUUUGAGUGGGCUGGUGGAUGGGUUUGUGCAGGGGCUGGAGAGCCUGGAUCUGGGGAGUAUCCUGGAUGAGAUCAAUAUAGGGGGUGUGAAUAUUGGCGAAGUGCUGGGGGGUCUGUCGGACAAUUCUGGGGGAAAUGGGACGAGUCUGAGUGACGCCGUGGACAAUUUCAGGGAUGUGGUGGGCAAUAUCGCGAACAGGACGACUAGUGCUUAA